CAUAUAAAUUAUUGCGCACCUUUGGUGUCCAUUGUCCAAGGUUACAGGUUCUUUCAGAUAAAAUCUCGAGGAACUCUAGAACCGGCAUCAGCUGAUUUCCGUUUCAAUCAAUGUCUGUGAUCAUGGCCGGCGUCUUGAGGAAAUUAGCCAUCAAUGCUACUCGUACUAGUGUUGCAACUGGUGGAUUGUGGCGCCACCUGUCUACAUCACAUCAGCGUCUGGCAGCUGCAGUUACUCAGGCAGCUCCUCCUUUUAAAGCACAGGCUGUUGUAGAUGGACAAUUCAAGGAAAUAUCACUCAAUGAUUACAAAGGGAAAUACCUUGUUUUGUUUUUCUAUCCAUUAGAUUUUACGUUUGUAUGCCCAACUGAGUUAAUUGCAUUUAGUGAAAAGGCUGCAGCUUUUCAAGCUUUAAAUUGUGAAAUAGUUGGUGUAUCUACUGACUCCCAUUUUUCACAUUUAGCGUGGAUAAAUAUGCCAAGAAAGCAAGGUGGCCUUGGAGGACUGAACUAUCCACUGUUGGCUGAUUUUAAUAAGACCAUUUCUCGUGAUUAUGGAGUUUUAUUGGAGGAUGCUGGUAUUGCGUUGCGUGGUCUCUUUUUGAUUGAUCCUGAAGGUGUUGUGAAACACAUGAGUGUCAAUGACUUGCCUGUUGGUCGCUCUGUGGAGGAGACGUUACGAUUGCUUAAAGCCUUCCAGUUUGUUGAAGAGCAUGGUGAAGGUGAGUUGAUUAAAUCUGUUGGGAUAGUGUUGCCGUUGUGAUUAAAUGUGAAUGCU